GCCUUACCCCGCAGUUUCACUUCACCUCUCGUUUCUGCAGAUGAGAUUUUACAUUGAAUAAGUCUCUCAGCUCUAUCAUGAGUCUGUGUACCAAAACCACAAUUUUUAAAAAUAGAACAGACACAGAAAAUCCCUCACUUAUAUUUAGAGCCAACUUCUUAUGCAGAAAAGAUUUGAGGCAAGUUCCUUUUAGAUCUGUUUUCUCUUUCCGGUUAACUUGAUGAUGUGGAAUACAUGGGAAGGGUUCCCCUCCUGUCACCAGUUUCUAUUUCUCUGAAAACUCCUUUGUUGAAGUGUGGAAUUUUGGUGAUUUCUUCAUAAUGUUACGUGGUUUCUAAUUGUUGCGUGUUGCACUUAAAAGGAUUGUACUGCACUGACGUGGUUGCUUGAACUUUUCUUCUGUCUCUGUGGGCAGAAGGUGCUGGUUUGAUAGUGGCUGCUGUGCUGUCGCUGCUGUUGGCCAGAGCAAAAUCCUGAUUUGCUCUGUAUAUGUAAAAGUCCUAAGCUUGCAGCAUAAAUAUGUGCCGAAGUUUCUGCAGUGAAUUAAAAGAUCACACAGUGUAGGUGUGCUCUAAGCUGCAGAGGCAGUGAAAAAAGCCAGAGUGUGUGGUUGAUGGCUGUCAGUACUGUGUGGAAGGAAUCUGGGGUCCCUCCUUCAGCAGCAGUGGGGGCUCCUGUGGAUCUGGGCUGGGUGUGAGGCUGUGGGUUAACCUGCAGUGCCCGCUGCUUGCCAGAAAAUGGCUGCUUGGAAUUGUGCUUUGGGAAAGUGGAUUCCUGGCCUCUGUGUGGUGGCUUCUGGAGGUAUCGUUGGCCAGGUUUGACUCACAGAGUAAUAAGGAAAAUGGUUAUCUCCUUUAUUGAUUAGUUCUUACUGUAUAAUGCCAAAAAAAACAACAUAAAAUUGCUACUGAGUGUCAGUGUGGCAGCCUGCGUGCAGCCUGCGUGUGCCUCGUGGGAGCUGAGCAAGGUCCCGAGCAAGUUCUGUGAAGAUGAACUUGAGAGUGCUUAAAAACCAGUAUUUCUUGUAUUUCUUUUCUGCUUUGAAAGGAGAAACCCCCCCUCCCCCACCUCCUCCUCCAUCUACAGUGGAACAUUUCAGUUGUUUCCAGCAGCCAUAAGUCAAUAUCGCUUAUGGAUGUCAAGUCUGAGCACAGUCCCCAUGAUCUGCUGAAAGUCACUAUCCCAGGAAUUCUUGCACAAACUGACUCAGAUGUCUGUUACAAUGAGUAGUCAGUGACAAACUAGUGGAUUUUCCAGGAAAUGCAACUGAAAGCUGCCUGGCUUCUGCGUAAGGGUGUUCGGAAACCUUGUGAAGAUCCAGUGUUUUAUCAUGAAGCAAAGGAGUGAAAUCAUUUUCCUGGAAUCUGUGGUCAUUUGGGCUUUGGAUUAUGGUAAAACCUAAAAGUUCCUUGUAACAAAUUCUGGUAAAGGUCGUAAUCAAGUUUCUUGUUGGUUUGUGGUGAUGGCAGAAGGCAGCGGGGUGGGAUGCAGGCUGGUGGCUGCCCCCAGCCCUGUGGGACUCAGCGUUCCUCCCAGAUGUCCUGGUUGGCAUUGGACUCCUGAGAGCGGGUUUUGCAGACCCGAGUGUUCUCUGCACAGUUUGGGGAUGGAGUUUGGUCACUCAUUCUUCAAUUCCUGGAUCUCAUGAGAGUCACUGCUGCUAAUUGUGUUGAAAUGUGGUUUUGUCAUGUGGACAAACUCCCACCAGGAGUUAUUGUAUGACUGGAUGGUUUUGCAUGCAUGUUAAGCCUGCAGAGAAGAAAAAACGCCAUUUACUUCUUGUUAUCCCCUUAAGCAUGACUCUCAGCAGUAAGUUGGUUUCUUUUCCAAAUGACUUCAAAGCACUGAAAUUUAUUAUUUCUUCUUAAAGAAUGAGCUUCCUGCUGCUUCCCCUGUAGUUACUUUGAAGUUUGUGAGAGGAGCUUUGACCUUCUUUUAAUGCUUGUACAGAAUGCAAGUGGAAGGAAGCCAUGAGCUCCUCGGUUGUGAUCCUUAGCUCAUAUUGUGUACCCCUCAAAACACACGUUGUCCUUGGGUGUGUUGUUCUGCCGCUGGGACUUCGUUGCUUUCAGGCACUUUGCACGUUUUAGAUCUCUUUGUUUGCUUGUUUUGUUUGUUUCAUUAAGGAACUUCCAAAGUAUUGUGACUUUUACAGUGUCUUUACUUGAAAUAGAAACGUGUAAUCUUUAGCCUGGCUGAGAGCUAAGCUAGAAAUGGCAGUGACCAAACAUCAUGGCAGAGCUGUAGCUUGUGUAGUUGGGAUGGAGUUCAGAAGUGAUUGAUGACAGGGAGAGCAGCACUGCCAGAUGCCUGGUUUGUGGGUGCUGGUAGGGUUCACAUCUCAGCCUCUUUACCUUCUGACCUGUUUGCUCUCCUCCUUCACUGUUCUGGCGAAGGAGUUGUUUCCCACUGCCAGUUGGGACAGGAGCUGAUGAUGUUAACACCUGCCACCUUUUGUGUAUGUUUUUCUAUUUCUAGGUUUGGUUUCUGUGAAAUAUGGAAAGGGAAAAGCCUUCUUGCCUUUGUGGAUCCUUAUGAUUGCAGCUGGUCGCAGCUCCUUCUUUGCUUUGGAGGCUGUCUGUAGGAAGCAAAGGCUCUGCCACACAGAAUUCCUCCAUCUCUCUUCACAGAUCAUCAUGGCUUCUCCUAGCCCCACUGCUCACCCCGCCGGUUCCUGUGAUCACAGCCAUGCCUUGCUCCCUUUGCCCAGAAGGAGCACACAGGUUCCAGUGGAUCAGGAAUCUGGUUCCAGAGUUUGGGAUCUCCAGCUCUCACGUCAAGGUGCUUUCUUCUCCAGCUGAAUUCUAUGAACUCUUGAAGGUGCAGAUAAAAACAGCCAAGCAGCGAGUGGUGAUGGCUUCACUAUACCUGGGAACUGGGCUCCUUGAGCAGGAGCUGGUGAAUUGCUUAGAAGAAACACUGGAGAAAUCAUUGCAAGCAAAUGAAUCACCAAACCUCAGAGUUUCCAUUCUUCUUGACUACACCAGGGGAUCUCGGGGCAGGAAGAAUUCUCGAACAAUGCUGAUUCCACUGCUGCAAAGAUUCCCUGAACAAGUGCGUGUCUCCCUUUUCCACACCCCAAACCUGCGUGGGCUUCUCAAACUCCUGAUUCCAGAGCGUUUUAAUGAGACCAUUGGCCUGCAGCACAUCAAGGUCUAUCUCUUUGAUGAUAAUGUCAUCCUGAGCGGUGCAAACCUGAGUGAUUUGUACUUCACCAAUCGUCAGGACCGCUAUGUUCUCCUGCAGGACUCUCCUGAGAUUGCAGACUUCUUCACAGAGUUAGUGGAUGCAAUUGGAGAUGUGUCUCUGCAGCUACAACAAGAUGAUACCGUCCAGAUGAUGGAGGGGAUGGUGCACCCUUACCAAGGAGAUAAGGUGAGAUACUGUGAGAUAGCAAAUCGAAGAGUGAUGGAAGUGAUCGACUCUGCCAGGACACGACAAGAACUCCUUCAUGCAAAGACUUUCCACAGCAGCCAGCAAGGCUGCUCCACGUUACCCCAGCAUGACUCUGAAGCAUCUGGGGGUCUGAAACCAGAACCUGACACAUGGAUCUAUCCCUUAAUACAAAUGAAACCUUUUGGGAUUCAAAUAGAUGAGAUGGUCACAGAGACACUGCUGACAGAGGCUGAACGAGAUGCCAGGAUAUAUCUCACCACGGGCUACUUCAACCUGACACAAGCUUACAUGGACCUUAUUCUGGGCACUAGGGCAGAAUAUCGGAUUCUUCUGGCCUCACCAGAGGUGAAUGGUUUUUUUGGUGCCAAAGGGGUGGCAGGUGCCAUCCCUUCUGCCUAUGUUUACAUAGAACACCAGUUUUACAAUGAGGUCUGCUGCCUUCAUCAGCAGGAGAGGAUCCAGCUGCAGGAGUACUCCAGGGCUGGAUGGACUUUCCAUGCCAAAGGCCUCUGGCUGUACCUGGCAGGGAGCAGUCUUCCCUGCCUAACCCUGAUUGGGUCUCCUAAUUUUGGAUAUCGAUCCGUUCAUCGUGACUUGGAAGCUCAGGUUGCAAUAGUGACAGAAAAUAAAGCUUUGCAGCAGCAACUCCACCAGGAGCAGGAGCAGCUUUACCUCUGCUCAGGUGUGGUGUCGUCAUCAACAUUUGAGCAGCCAAGUCGACAUGUGAAGCUGUGGGUGAAACUGGUAACGCCUCUGAUCAAGAAUUUCUUUUGAAAGAAGCAGAGAUUGCAGCUUUGGGAAUACGUACUGCGUAUGGCUUGAUAAACUUCUGCUUGCAAUUAGCACUGAGUGAUCAGACACGUACCUGUGAAAAGGAGGAGGACUCUGAGAAGGAAAGGAGUCUGGAUGGUUGCAUGCUGUUCUGUUGGGCUCGCUUCAGCAGCCUGGCUUGAACCAAUGCUUUAUCAGAAACCACCCACUGAAAGCCAGUAUCCAUCAUGAGAAACUCUGUGGAUUGCAAGAGUACUCUCCACACAACAGCAGUUCCUGCGCUGUCUUUAUUAAUACUUUGCAAAACUAGUUGUGGUGCAACCAAAUUUAGGCUAAGUUACAUAAGGGGUUUUGGGCAAGUGAAAGCAUUUGCUGCUUUCCAUAGCCAUGGGAGUUUAGAUCUGCAGAAGCAGAGCGACAGCAGCAAGGAUCCACUUGGCGGCUUUUUCUUUCGUCUUCAGGUUAAAGGUCCAGACAUAGGUGGGACCUCGCAUCCGUGUCUUAUAGACAGGACAUUCGUAGACGUUCUUGGUGUCCAUGCGGUCCACGGGGAUGGCUCUGAUGAAGAUGACUGGCAUCAUGGGGGUCAGCUCCUUCAGCCGAGCAUCUGCGAUAGAUCCAGAAGGGAUAUCCCACCGAGCACCUGCACGGUUACAGAACUGGCAUGGUACCAGCAGCCCGAUGCGUUUUCACUUCAAAAUGGCUGUUUUUUAACUACUAAUGGGUGGGUAGGGGUUGUUCCAGCAGCACGGCUGGAGAGGGUAAAGUCUGAAGGUUGGGUGGCCAUGGUUUAGUAGUCGUUGGGGCUGACAUGUUGGCGUCUCACUGUGACUCAUGAAUGCAUUUUGCCUUGCUGUGUGUGGGAUGUCUUCCCUUCAGUGCAGGUUUGCAGGGAAGUUGCCUCGGGAGAGGCAGAACUCGGCUGUGGUGGGAGCUACAAUAACUGACUUGCUCUGUGCCCUUGUUUAAGCUGACUCUUUUGGUGCUCUGGUACUACCAUCUCAUUCCCUCUCGUUCUUUUUAGCAGUAAUUAUUUAUGUUCUGAGUUUCCUGAUUUGUCUUAUCCACGCAUUAAACAGUAGUGUAAUGUAUUUAUUUGUUAGAACCGUGCAGCUUAAAGCAGAUGAGUCCUCAGGUUCUCAAUAGGCAGUCUGCCUUUAGUUUCUGGUUUGUGAAUCUGCAUGUAAACCGAGCUGCUGCUGCCCUCAGCUGGUUUGUGUCUGACACUGGCAUGGGAUGAAGGCUCCACUGCUUGGAGCUUUGUAGAAGCUGCCCCCAAAUUUAGUAAGUUAGUGAGCAUUAACACCUGCUGUGUUUGCAAGAGUUACUAGUUCUGACCUAGGAUUUCUCUGUGCCUGAAACAUCUCCUACAGGAUGUAAUCUUUUACCUUCCAUGAAUAAUCCGUGUACGUAGGAGCCUUCUCUGGGUGGAGCUGUCAUAUCCUCCUUGUUUUUCUUGGUCACUUCCACUGAAAGGCACAUCUUGUCCAGUGGCCAUUCAUUUUUUCUAGCCAUGGACUGCAUGAUAGCAGUGAGGAAAGACUGGGGAUUGAAGAACCCUGCCAGCCACACCGUCACAGGCAGCACAAAGUCCGUUGUCCAGACUUCUAGUUCCUGGAAAACAAAACAGCAAAGUACUGUAGAGCAAAGCCUGGCCUUUGGACAGUGGAGCACUGCUUUGACGUCACAGAGCAGAGCUUCAGGUGCUGGGCAGGCUGGGGUGGUGUGGUCAGAGAUGAAUAAAUAUCAGAUUGCACUGCAGCGAUUAAACUCCAACUGUUCAUUUGGAUUGUAAUAACUACUGCUGUUGUUUCUUUUUUAAGUACAUGGUUUAUUAAUAUAUAUAUAUAUAUAUUAUAUUUUUUUUUUUUCUUGAGAUGUAUAAAGUUACAUUAGUCAUGUUCUUUCAAAACAGUGUCAUAUACUAAUGAUGAUCUCGUCUCAACCUUGGGCUCUCAUUGGGAUAACAGUUCAGGUACUUUAAACUGCUUAAACUAACAUUGAAAAAUAAAACAGUCAACUACCAGU